GAGCAGUGGUGGAAGUAGUGGGAGGAGAGGACAAAACCCUCCCCACCCCAACCCCCCUGCCCCAGACUAAUGUGAACCCUGAAGGAGAAAGGGCCGAGAAAGACGGCUCUGGAGAGAUCUUUAGUGAAAGCUCCCCAAGUGGGUCAGACAUUAUAGGGACGGUGUCGGAAAGCACCAGGGAGACAGAGUCGGGAGACAUGGGAGAAGGGGGGGAGAUUCUGGAGGAACACCUCCCCCCACGUAAAAGAAAUGCUGAGGAGCUCUCCGACCCCGAACAGGGCGAGGAGAAAAAAGGAAAGGUGGAAUGGGAGAGCUCCCAGGGGGAGGAAGAAUUUAGAACCUUCCCCUCCAACUCCCCCAAUCAAGUCUCCUUUUAAACCCGGUUUUAACCUCCUCUCCCUUCCACCCCCCUUUACCCCGGAGGGAGAGAGAGAAAUCACCAGAGAAAUAACCCCCUUUUAACUGUUAAAUGCUUUUCUUUCGGCACGGUUUUUACUCACCCCUUUUAUGGCUUUUAAAAUCACCACAAUAAAUGUAAGGAGCAUAAAAACAGAAAUGAGAGCACAGUCGGUUUUAUCCUUUUUAGAAAGGUUUAACUCAGAUGUGUUUUUACUACAGGAGUGUGGUCUACCCUUUUUAUCCUCUUACAGCAAAUUGGAGGAUAAGUGGCGGCACGGGCCCUCCCUUUGGAGUGGCUCAAAUUUUAACAAGAAUGACGGUGUUGCCAUUUUAAUCAAGACCCCACAGGUGGUGGUGAAGGGGAGCACGGUGGUGGUAGGAGCGGGAACCAGUAUGUCCAGUGCGCGGGCUCGCUAUAGGCGAGCCCACAACGGUCUGGCGCAACGUGGCCCAUCCUGCUCUCCUGAAUCGGCAUCGGGACCUGUCCUGGAUGGUCGCCCACGAGAUCCUCCCGGUCAGGGCCGUUAUGCACUCACGGGGCAUGGCGAGGACAUCCGUGUGCCCCCGACCGGGCUGCAGCCAAGAAGAGUCGGUGAGGCACAUGCUCUGGGAGUGCAGAGCCGCCAGGGACCUGUGGAAGGAAGCAGGCCCCCUGAUCACCUCGUGUCUGCCAGCAGGGGAGGACCUAACACCUCAGCUCGUGCUGUACGGGGUGGGCCGAAGGCCCAUUCCACCGAAGGCCUUCACCAAGUUCUGGCCCACCCUCACGUGUCUGAAGGAAGCACUGUGGUCCUCCCGUAACCUGCUGGUAGCAAAAAGCGUAGAGACCACCCCCCAGGCAGUGGCCAUGGUAGCCACGGAAGCCCUGGGGUGGUACGAACGGAAGGGGGCCUCGACCCCAGGCGAAGGGUCCCCCACAACACCCUAGGUCCCGGCGGCCACGGCGCCUAGGGCGAUGCGCCUAGGGGAGGGAUCUCCUCUGGGCCCCGAAGGACGGGACGAUGGUCUAUUCGGAAGAGCAGGAUGAGGCGAGUUUGAUAAGGACUCACCCCGCUUCUGUACAAGCGAUUGAAGACCGCCUUUUAACAGUGACUUAACAUGUUUCUAACGUCUUAAAAAUGUUUAAUCUUUGUUGAAUCAUUUCGUACACAUUUUAAAUGGCUUUUACAGAUUUGAUGUUUACAAAGAAAGUACUUUUAUCCAUAGUUGUCAUUGGUCUUAACAACACGUACUUUUAACAAAUUUAAAUGUAAAUUCAAAUGCUGUGUUUUAUGCCUUGUUGCCGUUUUUAUGUGUAUAAAUGAUUAAAUGAAUG